CAUUUCCGCCUCUGGCGAAUGGCUUCGCUCUAGCGCGCGCCGCGGGCUCAGCUGCGACCCCGGCCCCGCCCCCGGGACCCCGGCCAUGGACGACCUGUUCCCCCUCCUCUUCUCCUCGGAGCCCGCCCAGGCUUCUGGCCCCUAUGUGGAGAUCAUGGAGCAGCCCAAGCAGCGGGGCAUGCGCUUCCGCUACAAGUGCGAAGGGCGCUCCGCGGGGAGCAUCCCUGGCGAGCGGAGCACAGACACCACGAAGACGCACCCCACUAUCAAGAUCAAUGGCUACACAGGACCAGGGACAGUUCGCAUCUCCCUGGUCACCAAGGACCCUCCUCACCGGCCUCAUCCCCACGAGCUUGUGGGGAAGGACUGCCACGAUGGCUUCUACGAGGCCGAGCUGUGUCCCGAUCGCUGCAUCCACAGUUUCCAGAACCUGGGGAUCCAGUGUGUGAAGAAGCGGGACCUGGAACAGGCCAUCAGCCAGCGCAUCCAGACAAACAACAACCCCUUCCAAGUUCCCAUCGAAGAGCAGCGUGGGGACUAUGACCUGAACGCUGUGCGGCUCUGCUUCCAGGUGACAGUGCGAGAUCCGUCCGGCAGGCCCCUCCGCCUGCCGCCUGUCCUCUCUCAUCCUAUCUUUGACAACCGGGCCCCCAACACGGCGGAGCUGAAGAUCUGCCGCGUGAACCGGAACUCCGGGAGCUGCCUGGGCGGGGAUGAGAUCUUCCUGCUGUGCGACAAGGUGCAGAAAGAGGACAUUGAGGUCUACUUCACGGGGCCCGGCUGGGAGGCCCGAGGCUCCUUUUCCCAAGCCGACGUGCACCGGCAGGUGGCCAUCGUGUUCCGGACCCCUCCGUACGCAGACCCCGGCCUGCAGGCGCCCGUGCGCGUCUCCAUGCAGCUGCGGAGGCCUUCGGACCGGGAGCUCAGCGAGCCCAUGGAGUUCCAGUACCUGCCCGACACAGAUGAUCGCCACCGGAUUGAGGAGAAACGCAAAAGGACCUACGAAACCUUCAAGAGCAUCAUGAAGAAGAGUCCUUUCAACGGACCUGCGGACCCCCGGCCCCCAUCCCGGCGCAUCGCUGUGCCUUCCCGAAGCGCAGCUUCCGUCCCAAAGCCGGCCCCCCCGCCUUACACCUUUCCUCCACAGCUCAGCACCAUCAACUUCGAUGAGUUUUCCCCCUUGCUGUUACCUUCAGGGCAGAUCCCAAACCAGGCCUCGGCUUUGGCAUCCGCCUCUACUCCAGUCCUGGCCCAGACUAUGGUCCCUACACCAGCCAUGGCGCCGCCCCUGGGCCAGGCUCCCGCCCCUGUUCCAGGCCUCGCCCCAGGCCCUCCGCAGGCUGUGGCCCCACCUGGCCCAAAAGCCACCCAGGCCGGGGAAGGCACCCUGUCCGAGGCCCUGCUGCAGCUGCAGUUCGAUGCUGACGAAGACCUGGGGGCCUUGCUCGGCAACAGCACAGACCCAGCAGUGUUCACAGACCUGGCGUCUGUGGACAACUCUGAGUUUCAGCAGCUGCUGAACCAGGGUCCACCCAUGCCCCACCCCGCCGCCGAGCCCAUGCUCAUGGAGUACCCUGAGGCCAUCACUCGCCUGGUAACCGGGUCCCAGAGGCCCCAUGAUCCAGCUCCCAGCCAACUGGGGGCCUCGGGGCUCCCCAAUGGCCUCUCAGGGGACGAAGACUUCACCUCCAUUGCGGACAUGGACUUCUCAGCCCUUUUGAGUCAGAUCAGCUCCUAAGAGGGUGACGCCGGCCCUACCCAGAGCACCAGGUUGCAGGGAACUGAAGCCCUCCCAAAGCACUAUGGAUUCUGGGGAGUGUGCUCCAACUGCCCUCAACUUCUUUGGGUGAUAUCUUCUGGGAGUGGCGCAUUUUAUUCUUUUAUUGGCAGUGUCUCUCUCUUUUUUGGAGGUGCUUAAGUAGAAGCAUUAACUUCUCUGGAAAUGGGGAGGACUCUGUCUCUUUCUCCCCCUGUCUUGAUGGUCUGCUCCCUCUCUGUAGGGAACUCCGGAGGCGCCCUUUCCCAUCCUCCAGCUUACAGCACUCUCCGAAACAGAGGAGCAGCUAGAACUAUGGCCACAAAGCCUUAUUAUCAAGUGUCUUCCUCACGUCACAAGUUCAUUCACACCUUGAGCUAAAAUUAUGCUCCUAUUAGCAGCCCCUGUGUGGCGCUGCGUGACACCAGCGCUUGAAGGGCUGGACUUCCUGCCCUGUAGGUCAGUACCAGCUCUUUCCUUGCCCAGGGAGUUUGGAGACUUCCCUGCUCCCCCUUUUCUCAAGUGCCUUAAUAGCAGGGCAAAUUGUAUGAGAAUAGUGGAGGGCAGGCCGGAAGCUCUCCAGCCAAGAAGCAAGUUUUUAACUGAAGAUUUAAGCAGUUGGACUCUCGCUCUUUCUAUUCUAAACUAAUAAAUGCGUUGCCAAGCUG